UGUGGGGAGCGGCCAGGGAGGGGCGGGGGCCCCAGGAGGGCUUGGGGAGGCACCUUAGCCGGCGGGGGAGGGGAUGGCGCCGAAGGGAUGCUGGCGAGUCCAGGGGACGCCAGGGGAAGGAAGUUCCGGGACCCUCCCUGCGCUCCCGGCCACCUCCGCUUCCUGCUCACGCCUCACCUUGUCCCCAGAGCCUGGGCUCCCUCUCACGGCUUGGGAAAUGUGACCUUUAUUCCGGGGGCCUGGCUCUGCAGGCCCCAGCCUUAUCUCAGCUUUGGGGGACCCCUUGGGCCUUUGACCCUGACCCCACCCCCAGGCGAGGCUCUGGAAGCUGCCCCCCCCAAGAUCGGCCCCGGGGCAAGUGGGCAGCGGUGCCAGCCCCACCUGUGCCUGGGCUGUGGCCCUUCCUACAGGGCGCUCGCCAUGGCCCCGCCGCUCCUGCUGCUGCUGCUGGCCAGUGGAGCGGCCGCCUGCCCACUGCCCUGCAUCUGCCAGAACCUGUCGGAGUCGCUCAGCACCCUGUGUGCCCACCGAGGCCUGCUGUUCGUGCCGCCCAACGUGGACCGGCGCACGGUGGAGCUGCGGCUGGCUGACAACUUCAUCCAGGCCCUGGGGCCGCCGGACUUCCGCAACAUGACCGGGCUGGUGGACCUGACGCUGUCCCGCAACGCCAUCACCCGCAUCGGGGCCCGCGCCUUCGGGGACCUGGAGAGCCUGCGCUCCCUGCACCUGGACGGCAACAGGCUGGCGGAGCUGGGCGCAGGCAGCCUGCGGGGCCCUGCCAACCUGCAGCACCUCAUCCUCAGCGGCAACCAGCUGGGCCGCAUCGCGCCAGGCGCCUUCGACGACUUCCUGGGCAGCUUGGAGGACCUGGAUCUGUCCUAUAACAAUCUGCGGCAGGUGCCCUGGGCCGGCAUCGGCGCCAUGCCCGCCCUGCACACCCUCAACCUGGACCACAACCUCAUCGACGCCCUGCCCCCAGGCGCCUUCGCCCAGCUCAGCCAGCUCUCCCGCCUUGACCUCACUUCCAACCGCCUGGCCACGCUGGCGCCCGACCCGCUCUUCUCCCGGGGCCGCCACGCCGAGGCCUCGCCCGCGCCACUGGUGCUGAGCUUCAGCGGGAACCCCCUGCAUUGCAACUGCGAGCUGCUCUGGCUGCGGCGGCUGGCACGGCCUGACGACCUGGAGACCUGCGCCUCCCCGCCUGGCCUAGCCGGCCGCUACUUCUGGACGGUGCCAGAGGGCGAGUUCUCCUGUGAGCCGCCCCUCAUCGCCCGCCACACACAGCGCCUCUGGGUGCUGGAGGGCCAGCGGGCCACGCUGCGGUGCCGGGCCCUCGGCGACCCCGCGCCCACCAUGCACUGGGUCGGCCCCGAUGACCGGCUGGUGGGCAACUCCUCCCGGGCUCGGGCUUUUCCCAAUGGGACCCUGGAGAUUGGGGUGACGGGCUCCGGGGACGCGGGGGCCUACACCUGUAUUGCCACCAACCCGGCCGGCGAGGCCACGGCCCGCGUUGAACUGCGGGUGCUGGCUCUGCCCCAUGGGGGGAACGGCAGCACCGAGGGGGGCCGCCCGGGGCCCUCGGACAUCGCGGCUUCAGCCCGCACGGCUGCGGAGGGCGAGGGCACGCCUGAGUUGGAGCCGGCUGUGCAGGUGACGGAGGUGACAGCCACCUCCGGGCUGGUGAGCUGGGGGCCGGGGCGGCCAGCAGACCCCGUGUGGAUGUUCCAGCUCCAGUACAACAGCAGCGAGGACGAGACCCUCAUCUACCGGAUCGUCCCGGCCUCCAGCCAUCGCUUCCUGCUGAAGCACCUGGUCCCGGGCGCCGACUACGACCUCUGCCUGCUGGCGCUGUCACCCGCCGCUGGGCCCUCUGACCUCACUGCCACCCGGCUGCUGGGCUGCGCCCACUUCUCCACGCUGCCAGCCACGCCCCUGUGCCACGCCCUGCAGGCCCACGUGCUGGGCGGGACCCUGACUGUGGCCGUAGGGGGCGUGCUGGUGGCUGCCUUACUGGUCUUCACUGUGGCCUUGCUGGUUCGGGGCCGGGGGGCCGGGAACGGCCGUCUCCCCCUCAAGCUCAGCCACGUGCAGUCGCAGACCAACGGAGGCCCCAGCCCCACGCCCAAGGCGCACCCCCCACGCAGCCCACCGCCUCGCCCCCAGCGCAGCUGCUCCCUGGACCUGGGGGACAGCGGCGGGUGCUACGGUUACGCCAGGCGCCUCGGAGGGGCCUGGGCCCGACGGAGCCACUCUGUGCACGGGGGGCUGCUCGGGGCUGGGGGCCGGGGGGUGGGGGGCAGCGCCGAGCGGCUGGAGGAGAGCGUGGUCUGAGGGCUGGGAGACCGCCCGGGAGGCGGAGGGUGCAGGCGGGCGGCCUCCUGGCCUGGUGGGUCAGCGUGGCUGGAAAGCCCCGCCCCGGCCCUCCCCUCGGUGCCUCUGGCAGGACAGGGGCCCUUGCCCUGGUUCUGGCCUCCAGUCGGGCAAAACGGGACAGGCCCCUGUGAUAGGUGCUCACGGCCUCCAAGCGGGGGCUGCAGCUGCCAAGUGGAAGUCUUGUCUGUCUUUAUAAUAAAAUUAUUGGGGCCACCUCAGUGCUAGUCUCUGGCCUGGUCCUGCCCGGCUCCCUGAGGGGCCUGUGGAAGCACAGACAAGGGGGUCAGGCUGGGGUUCCCAGCCCUGUGGAGGCGGCCCCAGCAGCCUGGGUGCCCUGGAGAGCAGGCAGCCCUGUGCCCACAUCUAUAUGCAGAGGACGCCCCUGCCUGGAGUGUGCGGCCAGGACGCUCGCCUGGCACAGACAUCAGAGCGCACAGGGCAGCAGCGGGAGUCGGUGGGGGAUGGCCCGGCUCUUCCGGGCCACGGGACCUGGGCUGGUAACUCAGAAAGUCCCCACUGACCCCUGCUGGUGACAGCGUCUUUCCCCAUUGGCCAAGGUGCCUUCAGGAUUUGUAACGUCAAACCAAAGGGCCUAGAACCGCAUCGCCCUGCUCUUGGUCUGGGACCCCCAGAGGGCUCCUGUUGGGAGUGCGGGCCCCAAGUGGGGUCUCGGCUCUCAGCUGCUCCCGAUGCCCCUCAAGGCUUUGCUCUUGCUGGACAUCCUGGGGCAAACACCAGGGGGCACCAGGCCCCCAUGGCCACGGCUCUGGUUCCCACCUCGAGAACCAGGCUUGGGGCGGCAUGCCCUGCCCUGUCCCACCCCCUCCAGCUCAUGUCCCCACCAGCCCGUGGCCCAGACGGCCUCCUCCAGCCUUCAAACAACCACUGCUCCCAAGUGUCGGCUGGGAGGAAGCUGCAAACACACCCCAGGCAUGCGUGGUUCUCUGGUGGUGCCAGGAGCACCCAGGCACUUUGAGAACAUGCAGGUACCCGGGCCCCGCUGUGGAGGCAGGUGUGGCACCCCUGCCCGCGGGGCUGUACCUGUGCUGAGGGGUGGUGCGCCCUUCUGCCUAAGCCCUGCUGUGCCUCUGAUGGCAGCCUGGUGAGAGCUGGUGUGGUAAGGUGCGCGUGUACGCGUGUGCCGGCUGAGCUCACACACGUGUGCGUGGCGUUGACACACACAUGUGCCUGCCCACCCAGCCCCGGAACACAUACCUGGAUGUGGCCCAAGAGAGAUCCUGGUUUAAAUAAAGUGAAACAAGGGGUUCAGCCAAGAGGAGCAGGAGAGUGUGAGCCGUGCCAGGGCAGCACGGAAGGCGGCGGGGCCGGUGCCCGGUCUGGGCAUGCACCGGGGGGCACUGGGGCCCUCCUCCGCCUUCUGGUGCGAAGGCAGUGGGAGCUUGGGAGCGCCCAGCCUGUCGGACGGGUGGAUAGUAUUAUGGCCCAGGGUCACCAACAGGACAAGAGCACAGGGGUGGGCAGGUGAGGGGUGGGGUGACCGGACCCCCUGCUCACCAGUCACCCGGCCCGGAGCAGCCCCGGACAUGGCCUGCCACCAUGCCACAUCCCGGCCAUGUGUGCAGGGAACGGCCCCUGACCGGGUGCCCUGAGGCUCUUCACGGAAGCGCAGAUACCCCCAGCACGGGGGACAGCCCGGUCCUGUGAGGUGGGCUGAGAGCGGAGAGUGGCCACUGCCCCGCGGGCUCCUCCGUCCCGCCUGCUUUUUGAAAAGGUGAUGGGGAUGGAGCAGGGCUGAGCGAGGACAGCGCUGCCCACGUGGCCCAGACCCAGCGCCCAGCCUGGACCCAGCAGGGCGGGAGCCACUGAGAAGGCAGGGGCUGCGGAGUGCCGUGUGCGGUGUAGGGACUCGGGGACAGCUCCCCCACCGUGGGCUGGGCCACUAGUGUGGUCCCCUGCCCCUGGCCCUGCAGCAGGUCUAAAGUGGCAUGUGCCCAGGGCAGGCCCACGGAUACGCAGAGGCACUGGCCUCGGACACAAGACAGCCUGCGGCAAUGACUUCACCUCUGGCUAUGGACACAGGUGACAGAGAUGACCCAGAGGCCAGGGGCAUCUCGGGGCUGCAGCC